AUUUAUGUGUAAAUUUAUUCAGCAGUCUGGACUGGAACGUAUUACUUCUUACUUAGUUGGACACAGUUGCAUAUUACCGGGGAAAAUGACAACAACGAGGCACCGAUCCCGGACUGGAUUGUUUCUAAUAACAAUAAUGGCCUGUGUGUUCAUUCAUCCUUGUUCGUCCCUGGACCUGAUCACCCGUACUGAAGAAGAGACUCGGCUGCCCUGUGAGUUUAGUCUGCAGGACCAAGAACGUGUGAUUCAGGUGACCUGGUCCAAAAAAAAGAGCGAUGGCACUGAGGAGCAAAUGAUCACCUGGCACUGGACUGAAGGCGUUCAAGGGUUUUCAGGCUUUACCGACCGGGUACGUUUUGCAAGUUCUAACCCAAUUAAAGAUUCAACAUUAUUGAUCGAGACAACAAAAGAGUCGGACCAGGCCACGUACAUCUGCCACAUCAGUACUUUUCCUUCAGGAAACUUUGAGAGACAAGUCCAUCUCACUGUCUGGAGAUUACCCAUCUCUACGCUGGACCCAGUCGUCCUGAUAGAGGGUCAGUCAUUACGUAUAGCCGCCACCUGCCGUGCAGUCGGUCUGCCUCCACCCAGCCUGUCUUGGGACACUGACCUUCCCGGUCCAACACAAAACAAGACCUCAGAGGGUGGAGUCAUCACCUCUUACUACUACCUGCACCCUCUGCGGAGCAUGAACGGUCGCAAGCUGGACUGCUUGGUGUGGCACCCUGCUCUGAAGCAACCUCACAGGAUCAGCAACACGCUGAUUAUUACAUUUCCUCCUGAUGCUGUGGUUGCUGGGUAUGAUAAGACCUGGUCAGUAAACCGGAAUGGAGCUGAGCUCAGGUGUGAGGGAGGGGGAAAUCCCAAACCACAAAACUUCACCUGGACCAGGAAGGGCAUGGGUUUGCCCAAAGGUGUAAUCAUGGAGGAGAACAGGCUCAUUUUCACUCGUCCCCUGAAUAAGACAGAUGAAGGAGUGUACGAAUGUGAGGCCAGGAACUCAGUUGGAUCGGUGAAGGCAGAAGUUAAUGUCGAGAUCCCAGAGGCUGAAGCGUUCCGAUUUGAGAGCAUAUUCAAAGAAGCCCCGGUCAUGACAGUAGGUGUUGUUGCUGGAGCUUUGGUGGUAAUCAUGACAAUUAUCAUACUUCUGGUGAGCUGUCAUCACAGACGCAGAACCCGGAAGUUAAAGAGGGAGCUGGAUGAAAAGAAAGAGGAGAUAAAUAAUCUCUCGAGACAGAACUCUAUGAGGAGACUCAACUCUGUGAGUACUGACCCCAGAAUACAGAAUGAAGAUUAUGCACUCCUCAGGAUGGGCACUCCUGUUAAACGCAGUUUUCAUUCACUAGAGGAGAACUCCACAAUAUGUGACCAGAGAGAGGGGUUCAGUGAUUACGACAGCCUCGGGCGCCCCGCCAUCUACCCGCCGGUUCGCUCAGAGCGAGGGAGUGGGAGGAGGAGAGAGACGGAGUUAGAGAGACAGGAGCGAAUACGUAGAGUGGAAUCCUAUGUAAACAGCAGCACUGUGGAUUUGGGCUGUCCUAAAAGGGAAAUGAGCCCACCACCCUUGUCUGUUAGCUCGGGGCCUCCUAGAGAUAGUGGGUCGGAUAAAGAGGAUUGGGGGCAAAGAGAAGGCAUGCCAGAGGGAGAGGAGGGAGAUGGCACCUUAAACUCAUGUCAGAUCUCAGAGGCACUCUCACAUCACUUCCAUUACAGCAACGGCUUCCUCAGACCGAAACCUCACCCGAAUGCUAUUAUACUGCAGUCACAUUCUCAGAUCAUCUAACGAUCACUACGAGUUCAGGAGCCAACGAGGAUGCGACUGGUUUUCCACAGGACAUCCAACAUGUGAGCUCUGUUUUUAUGAUGCACGGUUUCAUGCCAGGCUCAACCAGGAUGAACUGUGUGGCCCGGCAGACUUUGUGUUAUAGAAUUUUGUAUUGAACAUGUUUGCUGCUUCACCAAAAUCCAUCUACACUCCCUGGAUUAAAGACAUCAGCACCACUGAACCCUUAAUGACUGUCUGUAUUACUUAUUACACAGCAGCCACACAUCUCUCAACCAGCGGAUCACAACCUACGUGUGGGCAAGGCGCAGGAUUAAAGUGGACCAAACUGAGCACUUGGAAGUAAGAUUGGAGCAGAAAUACGACUGAGUUGUAUUAACUAGGACAGCUUCUCGAUAUCUUUAAUAGCAUCUUAUUAAUGGUUAUUUUUAUUAUUCAUUCAUUCGUUUAUUCUCUGUUUUACCACUGAUGUGUCCUAUUCAGGGUCGCAGUGGGUUGUUUAUUAUUUUACUGUAAAACAUCUCAUCACACCAGACACCAGAUUUUAUAAAUUUGGAAAGCAGGUCUUUAUCCUGUCUUCCAACUGAUGUUUAAAAUAUGUUAGAAUUUUUAAUAUUAGGGCAGGGGGUUAUGGUGCAUUUGAGAACUGAUUAGAAAAGAUUCUUUGUGUUUUUAAUGGUCAAAAAAGUCACUUAGUGUGGCUGAAAAGGCAACUGGAUUAAAAGAUGCAUUCUAAAUCUCCAUUUAAAAUGUGGUAGUGUUGACAAGGCCUUUGUUUACCAGUAUACUGCCAGCAAAACACCGAUGUUGUAUUUUAAAAGGAAGCAGUGUAGUUUUGUUUACGUUCACAUGCCACCCAGAAAACACUGUGUUUUUACAGAAGCUUUAUGGCCACGGUCUUAUAUAAAACACAUCUGUUUUGUUACUUGUUGCAUUACACUGCCACAAAGGGUCAUAAAGUAUAUUUAACACAGAACUGAAUAACUGGAGCUAUUUUAUACUGUUAAGUAAUGGUGGCAUCAGUCAGUGUUUGUUAUAAUUUGUAUAUCAAACAAACUGUGACAAUUUAUUACAAUAUCGAUAUAAUUAUAUCGCUAUAAUUGUAAAAUAAAGAAGACCAGUGUUAACAUAAGUCUGCAUGUUAAGUAAUAUUUGUUGUACCUUUAAAAGUACAGCUAUGAAUCACCAUGAUGAACUGAUUUUUGGUCUACAUAUUCUUCAUUUCGGCAGCGUGGUGGCAUAUAGCUAGUGUUGCUUGGUGGUUAAAGUACUGAACUGUCAAUCACAAAUGUAAGUAACAUUGGAUAAAAAUGUCUGCUAAAUGCCAUAAAUGUAAAUGUUGAUCCUUGGUUCAGGUUACUGUGUGCCAUGUUCUGUACUCUCUCUACACCUCUCAAAACAUACCGUUACAUUGAUUGGCCACUCAGAUUUGCCCAUUUUGGAUUUAGGAUUGGCACCCUUCCAUGGGUGUGUUCCUUCCUUACACCUGGUGUUUUUCGAAGCCUUUAGAAUCACUAUAACCCUGGUCAGGAUGAGUGUUUAAAUGAUUAUCCAUGAAUGAACCAGAAUCAGCAAUAAAGUGUUGGUGCUGAUGCCACUUAUUUAUGCUUUCCUAUUAAACCAAUUAUUUUUAGGGCUUUAAUCGUUUCUCACACAACCUUUACAAAUAUUCAUUUAACUACUGUUACUGUGGACUUAAUGAUCCGGUCACUGCAUAACUCCAACUACAGAAGUGUGAAGCCUUGUAGCCAAACUUACUGGGUGGAGUAAUAUAGGGGUCACACAAGAACUGACCGACUCCGUAGUCAGUGUUUUGCAAACAGAAAAAAUCUGUUGCAAUAAACUCUGUAAACAGACGUCCUGAGUGUAUUCUGCUUACACGUAAUGUUCCACACUGCCUAAAUUAUUCUGGUUAUUUUAGGCUUUUUAUAAAAUGUGAACACACUGUGGUUUUUGUUUUACCUCUACAGGGGUGCGAAUGCUACAUAAGUGGGGGGUUCAAAUCCCAAAUAGCUGCGCUUUUAUAUUUAUAUCUUUUUCAUAUCGGAAAUGAAAUCUCUCAUUGAUGAACAGUUGAUUCAUUAAACAAUUAUAAAGAUUUCUAUGUUGUCUCUUCUGAUUUGUCUGUACUAAAGACGAAGUCAAUAACACUUCUUUUUCAUACACCUAGAAAUACUGUAUAUAUUUAUAACCACAGGUCUACAGGUGUAGUCAGAACUACACAACUUAACCACAGUGGUUGCCAACCGUUGAUGGAUCUAUGGUUUUAAGAAACACCUGUGUCUCUUAACGAUGUUCCCACAAUAGUUCGAAAUUGUUUUGGGAGACACUUGCAUCGCAACUGAACAAAGGCUGUUCCAACUAUGUUAGCAACUUUGCUUUUGGGAAAUGCACCUCAGCUUAGUUUAGCAACCAGCUGCUAUUUGUUUGCUUUUGUUCACAUAUGUAGAUGGUUCCUGUGAUGAAUAAGGAUAAUGAAUAAUUUUGAAUGAAUAUUUGAAUAAAUGAAUAAUUUUUAUGUCUCCUAAUGAACUGUUAAUUGUUGUGGCUCAUAUUUGCUACCAUAUGUGUUUAGAAAAUAAACAUUUAUUUUGAGCUACGUACAUUUGAGCUGAUUUGUGAUGUUAACAUCAGUGUUAGUGUUGGGAGGUUUUACAAUCUGGGAUAAAGCAUCUUAUUAAGAUCUGACUUUGUCCAGAACACUUUCAUGUCGAAUAACUGUGAAGUAAUAUUUGCCACCGGUUACCAUAUAUAAGUAAAUGUAUUUCUAUUCUAUGCACUAGCACCCUGUCAGGGAUCCAUUUCUGCCUUUUCCACACUAUAUUUCGAGUACAGACUCUGGAUAAUCACUUUCUAAAAUAAAUCAGUUUAAUGAAUCCGC